CGCUUCUACCAGGCAAGGCUCACCAGCCUUGGGCUGCAGUGUGGCUGCUGUAACCAUCACUGAGACCUGUGGCAGCACAGGCAGGGCCAGGAAGCUGCAGUCCUCAAUCCACUGGGGUUCCCUCACAAGCCACUCUGCAGUCUGCUCAGCUCCUGUCCUGUCCCACUGUCCCACAAGAGCCGCAGCUCAUCCUUGCCAAGAUGUCCAAGGUAGCCAAGUACCGCCGGCAGGUGAGCGAGGACCCUGACAUUGACAGUCUGCUGUCCACCCUGUCUCCUGAAGAAAUGGAAGAGCUGGAGAAGGAGCUGGACGUGGUGGACCCAGAUGGGAGCAUUCCUGUGGGCCUGCGGCAGAGGAACCAGACAGACAGACAGUCCACGGGCCUGUACAACCGGGAAGCCAUGCUCAACUUCUGUGAGAAGGAGACCAAGAAACUGAUCCAGAGGGAGAUGUCUGUGGACGACAGCAAGCAAGUGGCAACCCAAGCAGAUGCCAAGAAUGGAGAGGAAAAGGGCAGAGACGCCAGCAAAAAAGCCCUGGGCCCCAGACAAGAUCCAGACCUGGCCAAGGAACACAAGAGGGGCAAUUUAAAGAAAAGCUUCUCUAAAGACAGAGAGGAAGCCGAUGGCAGACGCGGGGAGAAGCCCAAGGAAGAGAAGGUCAUCAGAGGCAUUGACAAGGGCCGGGUCAGGGCUGCGGUGGAUAAGAAGGAGACAGGGAAGGAUGGGAGAGGAGAGGAGAGGACAGCAGCCCCUAGGAAGGAAGAGGAGAAGAAAGGGAGUGACAGGAACCCAGGCCUGAGUAGGGACAAGGAUAAGAACAGAGAGGAAGUGGUCAAGAAGGAAGAUGUAGAGGUGAGAAGGGAGGGCAGGAGCAUAGACACUGCCACCGCGAGAGAGGAUGAGCACAAGAAAAAGGCAGGAGAAGACCCAGACAGGAAAAAGGAGGCUGAGGGGACAAAAAAAGCAACUGAGGACAGGGACACAAAAAAGCAGGAGGAAAAAGUCAAGAAAGAGGAGUCCCGGAGUGAAAAGGAAGCCAAAGAGGAGAGUAAGACCAAGACAGCAGAGAAGCAGGCUCCUGGGGCUUCAGGCCAGGCUGCAGAGGCGCCGGCCAAGGUGGAGGAGGAGGCGGCUCCCAGCAUUUUUGAUGAACCUCUUGAGAAGGUGAAGAACAAUGAUCCAGAGAUGACCGAGGUGAAUGUCAACAACUCAGACUGUAUCACGAACGAGAUCCUGGUCCGCUUCACCGAGGCCCUGGAGUUCAACACGGUGGUCAAGGUGUUCGCGUUGGCCAACACACGGGCUGAUGAUCAUGUGGCCUUUGCUAUUGCCAUUAUGCUCAAGGCCAACAAGACCAUCACCAGCCUCAACCUGGACUCCAACCACAUCACAGGCAAGGGCAUCCUGGCCAUCUUCCGGGCCCUCCUCCAGAACAACACACUGACUGAGCUGCGCUUCCACAACCAGCGGCACAUCUGUGGGGGCAAGACUGAGAUGGAGAUCGCCAAGCUGCUCAAGGAGAACACCACGCUGCUCAAGCUGGGCUAUCAUUUUGAGCUGGCUGGGCCCCGGAUGACAGUCACCAACUUGCUCAGCCGCAAUAUGGACAAGCAGCGACAGAAGCGGCUGCAGGAGCAAAGGCAGGCCCAGGAAGCCCGCGGGGAGAAGAAGGAGCUGCUGGAUGUGCCCAAGGUCGGGGCCCUGGCCAAGGGCUCCCCCAAACCUUCACCCCAGCCAUCUCCAAAGCCUGCUGCAAAGAACUCACCCAAGAAAGGGGGUGCUCCUGCUGCCCCACCCCCUCCACCCCCUCCAUUGGCUCCUCCCCUUAUCAUGGAGAACCUGAAGAAUUCACUCUCACCAGCCACCCAGAGGAAGAUGGGGGACAAAGUCCUCCCUGCCCAGGAGAAGAACUCCCGUGACCAGCUCCUGGCAGCCAUCCGCUCCAGCAACCUCAAGCAGCUGAAGAAGGUGGAGGUGCCCAAGCUUCUUCAGUAGGACCAGGCUGCCAGGCUCUGGUGCCAAGGCCAUGACUGCCCAGACUCUCGUCCCAGGGCUACACUGACCUCGCUCACCCAGCCCUGGCUGAUCCGCUAUGGCUGCCCUACUCAGCCAUGGGAGCGUGCACACGAGGCCUGGGCCACGCUCGAGGCCGGAUGCCUCAUCUCUUCUCACUUUCCUUUUCUUGUCUCUGAGGCUCUCUAAGAAUUGCUUUGAUGCCUGGAGCUGAGGUUUCUGGACAAGAAGAGUCCUCCUAGCACAUCACAGAGAAGAUGGCACUGCGCAGGGUGCAUGGAGCUGGCACACUGCAAAAGGCCUAUGAUCCAGGAAGGAAGUCAUUCAGGGACCAUGUAUCCAACCCAGCCCCACUGUCCUCUGGGGCCAGGACUCAGGUCUCUGAGGAGCCCUUGGGGCAGAGCUGCUGGGCCAGUGUCACUCUGUGGGUAAUGGCAGAGGGAUGGAGGGCAUGGGGGCCCAUGGGGAGGCAGGUGGCCUGCACAGAGAGCGCCUGCUGGGGAGUGGGCUCCAGAUGGGAGGACAUGGACAGACAGCAGCUGGACCUGAAGGUUUGAUGCCAAAGCAGAUGUUUCCCUCACACCCACCUGCUGUUGUAUAAAUAGCUGUGUAUCUGUUUUUCCAUAAGAUUUUGAUAAUAUAUACAACCUUUAGCUGCAAUGACUUGCCUCUCCUCUUCAUGGACUGAGGAUACUGAUGUAUCCCUGGGCUCCCUGGAAGGUUCUAGAAGCUCACAUUCUCUGCCACACCAUUUGACUUGACCAUGAAAUCAAUCCACCUCUGCAGAAAAGCAGUGUGGGGAAAGCCUGGGCCCUGAGCAGAGGGACCCGUGGCCUGGCUGGCUGUGUCUGCUUUUGAACCACUCAGCUGCCUGGAGCCAGUAGUUUGCAGGGGGGACAGGGCAGAGUGCAGCACAAGCCCUGGAUGGCUAUAUUAGGCCUGUUCAGGGGAGGCUCAUUCCAUGACUCUUCCUAACUGUGGGCUCAGGGCCAGCUCCCCAGAGCAGUUACAGGCCAGGGAAGCCAGCUAGGGAAGAAGUGGGGUGACCGUGUGGAGCACCCCACAUGCCCUUAGACCUGGAGGUGCUGCCCUUCUCACCUGUCAGUGCUGUCCCUGGGCAUACAUCAAAGACAUCUUUCGAGUCAGCCAUGGCUGCAGCACACAGGCUGAGGCCUGUGGAAGGCUGAAGCAAGAGGAUUCCUUAGUGAAUCAGAGAGACUCUUCAUGUCUCAAAGUAAAAAAUAAAAAAGGACGGGGGAUGCAUCCGCACAGCAGAGUGCCAUGGGAUCAAUGCCCAAUACCAAGGGGACCAAAAUGGAAAGAGAAAGAGGAAGGAGGGAGGGAGGGAUGAAGAAAGAACAAAA